CAGAAAGGGAAGACCGGCAAGGGGUGUGGCCCUGGGUCUGUUUCCAGGGUGGAACCAAACCGCAGGUCACCCUGUCCCUUUAAGAGAAGGGGGAGAGCUAGCCCCUCUCAGCCAUCCUGUCCUGUCAUCCAUCCCAGCCAAAUCCAAAAAGGAAAAUGAAAGAGGGACCGACAGGAACAGGUCCCAGCUGUCUCCCAAGCGCCCGCGCUCAGCUCUAAGCACAAGGCCCAGGCGCCAUGGGGGAGUGGGCGUUCCUAGGCUCCCUGCUGGACGCGGUGCAGCUCCAGUCGCCGCUCGUGGGUCGCCUCUGGCUGGUGAUCAUGCUGAUCUUCCGCAUCCUGGUGCUGGCCACGGUGGGAGGUGCCGUGUUCGAGGACGAGCAGGAGGAGUUCGUGUGUAACACGCUGCAGCCCGGCUGUCGCCAGACCUGCUACGACCGCGCCUUCCCGGUGUCCCACUACCGCUUCUGGCUCUUCCACAUCCUGCUGCUGUCGGCGCCGCCGGUGCUGUUCGUCAUCUACUCCAUGCACCAGGCCAGCAAGGAGGCGGGUGGCGCGCAGCCGGCCACGCCGUGCACGCGCGGGCGUCCCGAGGCCCCGUGCGCCCCGUGUUCCCUGCGUGCCCGCCGCGCGCGUCGCUGCUACCUGCUGAGCGUGGCUCUGCGCCUGCUCGCCGAGCUGGCCUUCCUGGGUGGCCAGGCGCUGCUCUACGGCUUCCGCGUGGCCCCGCACUACGCGUGCGCCGGCCCGCCUUGCCCGCACACCGUCGACUGCUUCGUGAGCCGGCCCACCGAGAAGACGGUCUUCGUGGUCUUCUACUUCGCCGUCGGGCUGCUCUCGGCGCUGCUCAGCGUGGCCGAGCUGGGUCACCUGCUCUGGAAGGGUCGCCAGCGCGCGAAGCUGCUCCCGCCGCCGCCGCCGCCCGAUCUGCCUUCGCAGCGAGCGGACCCCGAUCCCUUCGGCCCGCCCGCCUACGCGCACCGCGCACCGGCCGGCGACAGCGAGGGCGAGGGCGGCAGCGGCCACAGCAAGGCGUCGCUGGCCACCGUGCGUCAGGACCUGGCCAUCUAGCGGCGAGGUCCGAGGCCCAUCCUUCAGCACCGGGGGUCCAGGGAGGCAGCAGCGUGAAGUGGCUUCCGAAAGACUGCGUAGGACCCUCCCUGAGCUGACGAUGAACAGAGGGGACCCCACCACCACCACCAGAAGAUGGGGGACCGCCGGGUUCGGGCCGGGGUGGCGUCGCACUUCCCAGUGCCGGUUGCAGCGGAAUGCCGGGGCUGCUUUGAGUCAGGGAGGCUCUUUCGUUCUGUGAUCCCAGCGGAAAGGGAGGAUGUGAGAGGAAGCAGGCAGGCCAAGGGCAAUGGGUGACCUGAUUGUUUUAGCGGGGGCGAAAUCAGCAGUGAUGGCAGCAUUCCCAGGUCCCCUGCUUGGUCAGAGAAGUGUACUUCUCUGUGGGCUCUCCGUGCACACAUACAUGCACAUCUGGAUACACUGCGAUGGGUUGGCCGCUCGUGCACAUUAAACCUCUGUGGACUG